GCAAUGUUGCCAACGAGCACCGUACAUUUCGAUCGGUCGGAUAAGUGAUGAUCGCGCCGUAUUGAGGAAUUUCAACUUGACAAUUCCGUUGUUAAAGUAUCGAAAGAACUCAUAAAUGUUUGCGAAACGAAGGCAAAUGUUGUUGUAUCGUGCAUUUAAAAUAUUUGUUUGAAAAUUUGCGGAAAUCAGGCUUUUUCCCACAAAAAAAGAUAAAAAUCGCUGGAAGAAAAAUUUUUUCACUGUUGUAAAGAGUGACAAAAUUAAAUACAAAUAGUGUUGCCUAAAAAUAUAAAUAUUAUAAAAUCUACUCUUUAAACAUAAAUUAAAGAAAUGUGUCUAAAUUUGUUAUAUGAAGUGCAAGACGUGACCUUAUUUUUGGAAGGUUAAAAAAAUAACGUGAUCGCAGAAACCUAAAAGAUUCCGCUCAUUUAGCGUCUACACGCACUUACAUUUUAUAAUUUCUUCACCAAAGUUAUCGAGUUAAUCUUCAAUACCCUCAAAGAAAAAAUAACAUUCCAGCAACAACUUCAGUGUGUCUUAGUGCAUUACUAUAAGUGCUUGUGUUUGAGUGAAAUAAGUGUUGUUAACGGUUAAUUGCAAUAUUCAAAAUAUUAAUGUCCAGCUGAUUUUAACUACAACAACAGACCGACAAGAUAUCAUCAGUCCCAUUGGUUAAGGAUAUAAAAAAGAGCUGCUUAUCGGCAACCCUGCGCUUUCGAACCCUCCAUGGCCAUUUGCUGACAUGUCCAGGGCUCGUGAGUUGGCCUUAGUUGAGAAAUGGACUGAUGCUGCUGCCUCAACUGCCACCAACUCCUUCCCACCCCUCGCCUCGCCCACCUCUCCGAAGGCCACAAAAUUCUGUUGUUGCCCGAAUCGUCGACGUUACAACUUGAAGCAUCCCAAAGCGAAAUCCACCCUGGACGCGCGUAACAUUUUCCUAGGUAAUGAUUUUUCAUACAUCGAUGAUGUGGAACAACGGGAUAGCUGCAACCGCAACAACAACAAAAGUAGUAAACGUAGCAAUAGUAGUGAACGGAGCAGCAGCGCACGCAACGGUAGCAACAAUUAUUGCACAAAUAGCAUAGCGGCGAUAGCCAGCACUAAGGGAUUUAAAAGUAGUAAUAGUAAGCGUGAAAGGGAUGGUAAGUGGCAGCGAUUGCAACAACAAGAACAAGAACACAUCACCACCAACUAUGCCGACGAUUACGAUGAUAUCUGCGAUGUUGUCGACAAUGCCGGAAAUUGUGAAGUGCACCUAAUGAAUGCACAGCAACAAUUGGUAGUGCUGCAGCAACGACAAAAACAACAACAACAACAACCACAAACACAAUUGGAAUCGAGAUUAGAGUUGCCCAUGCAAUGCCUCAAAGCAGAUCAACAGCAACAAUGGCGGCAUGACAAAAGCUGUCAUAACAACAGCAACUGCAGCAGCAGCAAAACUAACAAUAACAAUAACAAAAAUUGCAACAGCAAGAACAAUAGCUUUGACAGCAACAUCUGGGAUAGAAAAAGCCACACAAACGCCAGUGGUAACGGUCAGAGUGGCAACAACGAGCUGAUUGAAUGCGAUUGUCAGCCAGAAGUGGCGGACAUAAAAAACGUUGCAACAGCAACAACAACAGUUGCUAGCAACAAUUGUGCGGGUGGUGCAAGUAAAAGUGAUAAAAAUGCUGUUGAUGAAGGCGAUUUAACGGCGCUGAAACUGCAGCUGCAACUGCAGCAACAAAACCAUUUAGCUAGUAACGGGCUAGGCAACGACAAAAGCAACAACAACAACAACAACAUUAACAACCACAAUAACAGCGAUCAACAAACAAUCCAAAGACUUAGCGUAAGUGAAUUUAAGCAUAGCAAUAAUAAUCGUAAGGAAACCCAACAACAACAACAACAACAACAACAACACUUGCACAGUAAUUUUUGCAAAAACAAAAGCAACAAUCAUAAAGUGAGUAGUGAGCCACAAGAGUUCGUCGUUAAUUGCCAGCUUGACUCAUCUACAACGACAGCAGCGCCAACGAAGACCGCGCCCGAUUCGAAUCGAACGAAUACACAGCAUAAAUAUAGCCAAAACAAAAACAAAAGCCACAAACGCGAAAACGACAGCCACGGCGACGACGACGACGACGACGACGGCGACGACGAAAGCGCCAACAAAAUUGAUUUGCAGAAUAAAAUGACAAUAACCACAACGAAUGCGGCGAGUCGUAAGCAUUCGCGUGUCGAGUGUGGGUUGACAGUUACAGCAACCCCAACAACAGCAACAGUGACAACAACGACAUCUACGACAACAAACGGCGAAGCAAUCAACGCUUCGACAACGACCGCCUCAGCGGAAAUUGCGCCCAACAGCGCGAGAACAACGACUAGCAUGGCUGGCCAUACUACAACCGGCGCGUCCGCCAGUGCGCCAAUGAGUAGGUCGGCAACCGCAUCGACAGUUCCAUCAGCGGUGCAAUUGCGGAACACUGCCGCAUCACCAACACCAACACCAACACCAACGUCGUCGCGCCCAACAACGCCUUCCCUAACAACUGUGAUCAAAACAACAAUGGUGAAGCGUACCCCUUCGACGGAGUCAUCGAAAUCACCAUCGCCGGCGACCACACCAACUACGCCAACGAAAAGCAUUGUCACAGCGACGGUGACAGCUCGAGCAUAUAAUAACGUUGGUGCGAAGGCGGCGUGUGCAGAGGACAGCGUUGUGCAGGAAACUCAGGCAAUGUCGACGCUGCCACGGACAUCCGUUAAGCAGCGUAUUGCGGCUUUUGCUGCUGGAAAUGAACAACAACAAAUGCGAAAUCAUGACAACUCCAUUAAGGUGCAACAGCAGCAAAUGCAUAAAAAUAGCGUCAACAGCAACAACAAUAAGAGCAGCAGUAAAAACAUGACAACAAGUGAAGCAAAAGCGAAUACAAUUAAUAGCGAACAUUACAAAGCGAGUGCUGUUAUCAGCAGCGUUGGCAAUAAAUGUGCGAGUGAGGUAACGGAAGCCGGCGCUACAUCGACAGCAACAGAAACUGCGACGGCGAUAACGACAACGACAGCGACACCGCCAACGACGGCGGCAAAUGCAGCUGUUCCAUCAACAUCAGAGACGACAGCGGUGGCAACAAGCGACAUAGAAAUCGCAUCAAAUAGAGCCGCCACAACAGCGGCCACAUUAAGAACCCCCAGCGCCGUUGGCUUAGCUGGCAGCACCGGUUAUGCAACCAUGCCGCGCCGCAGUCUCAGCGGCAGCAGCCACAGUCACCAUCACACCAACGGUGGCAACGCGAACGCGAAAUGCGGAAGCGGCAGUGGUAGUACUAGUGGCGGCAUAGCCAUGACAGCUGAUAAGGCCACGACGGCGAGUGACGCGACGGCGGACAACUGCCGCAAAUUGGCCGCCACUUUGGACAAUCUCGACUUGGCUUUGGUGCGCGAUUUGACCGACGAUGAUGGCGAGGACUCGUAUGCGGCCUUUCAAGAGUAUCUGGAGCGUGUAGAGCACGAAAUCAACGAGGUAUUCGAAGAGCGUCGUGCUCGGCAGCGUGCACUGCAACUGCAAGAGGCCGAUACCAACGCCACAGCUGUGCGAAAUGCAGCCAAUGAUAACGAUGCAGUUAUUAAUAACUGCCACAACAGCACAAGCAGCGCUAACAGAUUAUCCCAGUGCGAUGUAGUUGACGCGUCACCACCAGCGCACAGCAACAUGACGGAAAUUGCAAGUGUUGCCAAUGCCGACCAACUUUCGUUUAUAUCAGCAGCAGCAGCAGCAACAGCAGCUGCAUCUACACCAGUAAAAGGCAUCGAUUUGCAUAGCCGCACCACCACAGAACUUAAAGCUUUACCGCCGCCACCACUCAGCCCCAAGAUGAACGGCGUGGAGAGUGGCCAGCCAAAAGAUAACAGUGAAGAUGCUUCUACCGCCAUCGACGCUACACAGGAGGAUGUAAAUAUUUGGGCAAAUAAAUUUCUACGCGAUUUGGAUAACUUAAUGUCAUCGACACGUCCACUUUCGCUGAGCGCCUGUUCGUCGCCAACAUCGAAGACCUCACCACAGUUGCUGUCUGCUGCGGCCACAGCUGCCAUACAGAGUCGUUAUGGGCGUGGUGCGGCAGAACGUGCGGAGCACUGUGUGGCAAAUGGAUUGGUGGUGUUGCGGCCAGAGAAACACGCAACCAUUCCAUUGCAAUCGUUUAACCUUGAUUGUGCACGCCUCGAUAGUGGCUUAGGCGCCGACAACAACAGCAGCAACAUCAACGGCAAUGGCACCCCGGCUGUCAAGCCAACUGUUGCCUAUAUGCGCACUUUAUCGGCACCGACACCAUACCACCAACAACACCAGCAGCAACAACAACAGCUGUUGCACGAACUUGUCGGAAAAUCGCAGGCGGCACACAGUGGCGGCAAAGGCAAUCGCAACAGUUUAGCAACAUUUAAUGCCACAACCGAGCAACAUCAACAUUAUCAUAAUCUGACAAAUUUACAAUGCGGCAACGAUGCGCUGACAACAAGUGCGCUAACAGCCGCGGCAAAAACAAGCUCGCCAACAGCGGCGACAGUAUUGAAAAUUGAAGAGACAACACCAGCAGCAGCAACGGGAGCUAUGGCGGCUACGACAAGUGACUGCCGCCGACCAACGAUGGCAAUGACAACAUUAAAUGGUUGUGUCGCCGCCCAAGAAACCGAUGAGGAAUCACUUAAAAACAGGCGACAACGUCAAUUGGAAAACGAUAUGGAAACAAUGCGCGCUGGCACUGCAGCAGCUGCUACACAGUGGACACAGAGAGAAAGCCAAAACCAAAGUCAGAGUCAGGUCUACCAGCAGGAGCAGCAGCUGCUGGCAAACGCCGAUAAAGGCGGCAACAACGGUGGUCACAUUACCAGUAGCAGUGGCUUGGCGGCAAUGCUGGCAAUACCAAAACGGGAGCGCAUUAAUCAUGCGACAAUGACAACACCGUCUCCGGCCAUAGCUGCUACAAAACUAGGCAACACAGUGCUGCUGCCAUCCACACUGCUGACCUCAUCAGCAUCAAAGAGCAACGGCGGCGGCGGCGGCGUCGGUGGCAGCACAGCGGCGUCUUUGUUGUUAAACGGCAGCGAUGUGACCAAAAAAGGAUCCACCUCAACAAUUUGGACAUCUGAGGAGUCAAUAUUGCGGAGUGUUGGCGCCGUCGAUGAAGACAAUAACUCUACUUCAUCUUCGGCAUGUGAGGAGGCCACUGGCGCGCUCAGCUCAGGCAAGUCGGGUAUUUCGCUGGACUCCUCCGGCCUGGACAAUGACAACAACGAAAGUGGCAUUGGAACGGCAACGCCGCCAAAGGAUAAUUCAUACUGGAAAAAUCCGCACAACGACAACGAAUCAGUCAGCAGCUUGGAUGCCCUACGCAAAAUGAAAUUCCAGAAGAGUAGCUCAGUAGCUUCCUCAGAUGACCCAGACCUCUUAGAGGUGCUCAGCUUGUGCGAUGAGCCCCAUGGCGGUGGCGAUGAAGACAUUGGCAUCAAUGGCGGCGAUGAGUCACACGAUGACAUUGACGAGCAACGCCAACUACAGAGACCACCAACGGUUGCUACUACAGCAGCCGACAAGCUAAAACACAAGGUACAACUACAAAACCAGCAACAGUUGCAACAGCAUUUGUUGCGCGCCGCACGUCAACGUCAUCGUCAAAAUCAACGUGCACGACAAGAUGACAGCGAUAACGUUGACAGCAAUGAUGCGCUCGAAACGGCGGAGGCUGCCGAUGACGGCGUUGUGGAUGUGGCCGAUUUGGCAGACGAAUAUGAUGAGGGCCACGAUGAGUUCGAAGUGGGACCAUACUACGAAUGUGAGUGCAAUGAUGGCGAUGCGAGCAGCGCUAGCGGUAGUGGCGGUGGCGGCGGCGGCGGCGGCGGUGGUGGCAGUCGCAGCGGCUCCACAUCGGCGAACGAUACGCUUGGUGGCAGCAACAGUGUGGUGCUGCGUCGCAAAUUCAAUGCCAUCGUCGCCACAGCGCCAAUUAUGAUGCCUUAUGGCAGCGCAAUCGGCGGUGGUGGCGGCGGCGGACGUGCACAGAAAUGUCGUAGCCACUCGUUGGACACCACCUCACUGCCGGCCGUCUACUAUCAAUACUCACCACUGCAACAUCAACAUCCACAGCAGCAUCAUCCGCUGACGCGUAAAUUGCAUCAACAUUUGCACGGACGUGGCAGGGAACGUGGACAGCUGUCGUUGGCAUUGCGUCAGGAACCGUUCCAGUCUUUGCUAUCGCCGACGCACUUUGCAGAGCUGCCUUCGCCGAGUAGUGCAUCGCUGCAUAGCGGGCAUGAAAGUCUGGGCAUACAAGAGCUAACAACCAAGUCAAACUCGGCGCCAUUGCUGCUGAAGCAGGAAAAGACGCGACGCGAUGACUUUGCCGGCCAGAAGUUGACGCUGCGAUAUUCACGGUCGCAAAGUGAUCGCUACUUAGCAGAGAUCGAAGCUGUUGAAGCGUGCAAGUGGCUGCGUGCUGCCGGCUUUCCGCAAUAUGCGCAAAUGUAUGAAGAUCACCAAUUCCCCAUCGACCUCACCAACGUGGCCAAGGAUCACACCAACCUUGAGAAUGAUCAACUGCAGUCGCUCUACCGACGCCUCUGCAUUUUAAAUCGCUGUGCCAGCAUGCGUCUCGAUCAGUCGCACAAGGCGCAAACGCCGCAGGUUUGUCAACUUCCCCUCUCUAAAUUACCCCUUAAAGUACAACACAUCAUCAACUCAUUCACGUACGAUUCAUACCAGCAGAAGGAGGACUCCGACGAUGAGAACUGUGCACUCAGCGAAAAUUGGACAUUCCAGCCACAUAUACGUCGUUGGUCGCGCAUCGGUGAAAUGGGUUUGGAGCUGCCACCCGCCGGCAAAUUGAAUAUCGAGAAGACGGAAAGCUCGUCCAAGGAAUCGAGCCCCGAUCGGUUUGAAGAUGACAGUUACGACCUAACUGGCGGCGGUCUCUCGCUCACGCUGCCCGGUAACUCUACAGAUUCCACGCUCAAUGAGUCUGCCGACUCAGCGGCAGUGCGUUUGCGUCGCACUGGCAGUGAACGUUUCAAAGAUGGUGCCAAGGCAUUACUGCGCCGCGUCGAAUCGAUAAAGUCGCGCAGACGAAAGCGUCAAAACCGCGAAGGUAUUGUUAUAAGUGGACCACACGCUUUAGACCUGUCUCAACUGGGACAACGUGGUAGCUUGCGCAAACCUGAUGCUGUUUAUUCUACACCUCCAUCGCCAUCAGCGGUCAGUCCAGUGCACACAUUCCCGAAGGGUCCCAUGUUUGGCAAUGAGCUCAAAGUACCUUCGCAAAGUGAAAGUUUCCUUGGCCCGAAUCGGGCGAGUCCCAAACGCACACCGACCACACCACGUUCGAUGCGCACAAGUCCACUACAUUUCUUUUCCAACCCGAUGCCGCAUUUGAAGGAAGGCAAGUCGGAUGAUUCGUCUUCAUACUAUAGCGAUAGUCAGGAGUCGUCAGCGGGUGGUAAAUUGUCGCUGCGGAAGACACCAUCCAAGACACGCAGGUUCUUACAGCGUACUGGAAAGGUAGACGAUAUCGGCGCGCAUUCAGACUCGGAGUGUCACCACGGCAGAAAGCUAUUGAUCAAGGAUGCAAAUUCGAACACAACUGAGAUCAAGGUUAAGAAACUGGCACGCGGCGGCUCUCUCAACCUGGGCAAGGAUCCGAAGAAGCGUGAUGGUUUCCGCACUGCGAGUUUUCGUUCGCGUUCCACCUCACGCAAAGAGUCCAAACCUGAGGAAGCGGACCAUGUCAAACGCAGUCAACCCGUCGUACGAUGGCACAGUUUUCAGAUGGAAGAGCGCCCACAAAUGAUUUUCCGCAAAUGUUUCUCCCAAAAAGUCGAUCCUAACGUAAAUGAUCAUGGCAUUCCAUUUGCCGCCAUGUCGGCGGGACAGCUGCACGUUCUGCGCAAGCUGGCGCUGGUCAUACUCACUGGCUACAUGGAGCGCUAUUGUCCAACACAUCGCUCCGGCUGGAAUUGGGAACUGCCGAAGUUUAUUAAGAAAAUUAAAAUGCCUGACUACAAAGACAAGAAAGUGUUCGGUGUACCGCUGCUACUGGUGCUGCAGCGCACCGGGCAGACGCUUCCUGUGCCGAUACGCGCUGCAUUCCGCUGGCUGCAAGUGCGCGCGCUCGAUCAGAUUGGUCUCUUCCGCAAGAGCGGCGUCAAGUCACGCAUUAUCAAGCUGAAGUCGGAGGUGGAGCAGCUCGAUUCCUCGGUGCUCUGCAUGGAGGUCUACGAUACGCAGCAGGCUUACGAUGUGGCCGAUAUGUUGAAACAGUAUUUCCGCGACCUGCCCGAAUCGUUGCUUACGACAAAAAUGUCCGAGACGUUUGCUGCGAUUUUCCAACAUCUGCCCAAGGAUGUACGCUUGGAGGCUGUUCAAUGUGCGGUGCUUUUACUGCCCGACGAGAAUCGCGAAAUACUCUAUGCGUUGCUGGAGUUCCUCACGCUGGUGGCAGCCAAUGCGGAACAAAAUCAAAUGACCGCCAACAAUUUGGCUGUGUGCUUGGCCCCGUCGCUCUUUCAUAGCAGCAUUUCUACGGGCACUGCUUCGGUUUCAGCCUCGCCACGACGCCGCAAAGGCGCUGGCGUGCCCGACGAGAAGGAGCUGCAAGAGGCGAAGGCGUCACACGAAUGCCUGGCCUUCAUGAUUGACAACUACAAACGCAUUUUUACGGCAAACAAAGAGAAGAUUAGCAAAUGCAACUUUGGUUAUAUGGAAGAGUCGAAACCGGUGCCGCUUGAGGCGCUUGGCGAGGGCAUGCAAUUCCACAAUUGGCGCGGCUAUCUGUACGAGUGCACGAGUGCGACCAUCAAGGAGGGCAGAGAGAAGACACGUGGCUGGUUCACGAUCUCAUCACAAAACGACAGCAAUGUGGACAUUGCCUACAAGAAGGUUGGCGAUGGCCAUCCUCUGCGUUUGUGGCGCUGCACCACCGAAGUCGAGGGCCCGCCGAAGGAAGUGCUGGACUAUGUCAUUAAACAGCGCGCCUCCUGGGACGUAAACUUGCUGGAGAGCCAAACAGUCAAGAAGUUGGAUGAGCGCACUGAAAUCUUCCAAUACGCCAUAGAUGGCCAGUUCACCACCGAUUUUUGUGUCUUACGUUCUUGGCAAACAGACUUGCCACGUGGCGCUUGCGUCAUUGUUGAGACUUCCAUUGACCAUGCCAAAGCUAAGCCGAUGUUCGGCGCUAUAAGGGGUGUGGUGCUGGCUUCGCGCUACUUGAUCGAGCCGUGCGGCAGUGGGCGUUCGCGCGUUAUGCACUUGGCGCGAGUGGACGUAAAGGGCCGCACACCCGAAUGGUACAACAAGAGCUACGGGCACAUUUGCUCGCAUUAUUUAUCCAAAAUUCGCAUGGCAUUCAAACAUGUGGCCGACGGACCCGAAAGUAAGGUGUAAUGGAGACGUAUCGAAUAUUAAAUGGAAAAAAUGGCAAACACAGACUCAACUUAGGGGACAAAAAACAAACUUUAAAACAAUUUUGAUGCCCAAGUAAUGCCGAAAUACCCCAAAGACAUCACAAAACUAUGGAAACCGAUAGUACUGAUUUUUACAAAUUCUUUUUUACGAAACUUCGAACGUCUCAAACCUUAAAGGCAUUUACUUUUUACAAGCGAAAAGAAAAACAAAGAAACAAAAUCAAAAAAAAUUUUGCAAAAUGCUUUUUUGAGUAAAAGGCGAGCACUUUUUGAACUAAGAGCAUAAAAUAAGGUUUCACAAAACUUAAAAAGUACCUACGUACGUGCCCUAAAUACUUUGAAAUUAUUAUUUUUUUCUAAAUUUAUAAUACCAAAAGAAAUUUUUAAACAGAAAAGUACGCGUGAAAAAUAUACAAAAAAUUAUUAUAACUCUCGUGCGCUCUAAAACACUUCAGAAAUAAUACACAAAAUAGAAAAAUUUACAUUGCCAAAAAUUAAAAAAAAUCAAAAAAUCGAUGAAUAAAUAGGAGCAUCAAAAUAUGCAUUCUCAACCAACAGUAGAAAGCGCCACAAAUAUCAACUCUACUAUUUGGGAAAUAGUACUAUUAUUAACCUAAAAAAUAUAUAAUAAGAAAAACAGAUUAAAGUAAAUAAACAUAUUUUUUGUAUAUAUGUAUGUACAUGUAUUAUAAGGAAAAGGUUCAUAUAUUUUCCCAAAUUGACAGUAUGCAAUAUUUUUUCGUAUCCUUAACCAUUAAUAUAAUUGUAAAUAUUAAAAACAGAAAUAUAACUUUUAUUUAAAAGGCAUUGAACCACGCUAGAAAAUAAGAAAAUACAAACAAAAGCAAACAAAAAAUAUAGCAGUUAAUGGAAAUGUAUGUUAGUCGCCUAACACAAGAUAAUACUCAAAACUAAGCAUCACAAACGUUUAUUUUUUACCGAAAAAUUAUUUUUUCUUAAAAAAUCUACAUAAAGAAACAAAACUCAAAUAACACUCAGAGUUACAUACAUACAUACAUACGUAGGUAUAUAAAAACACGAUUUUUUAAUAGAUAUUUUCAAACUUCGAGUACCAAAAUAAAAUGUAUGUAUAUGUACCACAUUUUAUAUGCUAAACUCAACUAAAACUAAAAAAAAAAACGUUUGGUAAAUGUAUACAUAAUUGUUAGCUGUAAUGUAUGUAUGUAUGCAUAAGCCUGAAAAGGAAGAAAUGAAAGCUUCAUAGGAAAGCAAGUUGGGCAAAAAUUUUUAAUUAAUCAUAAGGUAAUAGAAAUGAAAAAAUCA